AGGAUGUACAAAGAUGGUACGUAUAUAUUGUGAGGAAAAAGCACUUUCAUCUGGAGAGCAGCAGACCAAGAAUCUCAAAAUCGAACCAAAGGCCCAUCAUGCCACGACAAGCGCUUCAAAGGUGUUUACAUCAUGCGGUAUUUGCAGUGAUUGUGGUCCUUGCUGCUUUCUGCAGAUCUGGACAUGCUAAGAUGACUUCAGAGGAUGUGUUUGUUUUAAACACAACACAGCUGGCUAAUAAUGAAAGUAAAGAGGAACCACAAGUUUUGGCUAUCCAAAAGCCCUGUGGCACCGAACAUGAAGGAUACUGUGUCAAUGGAGCAUGCACAUACUUAUCUGACUUGGACAUUCCCAUCUGCCGGUGUAACCAAAUGUACAGUGGUGUGCGCUGUGAACAUAUGCUUUUGGACAUCCAUAGUUUUUCCAGUCCUGAGGAGGUCAUUGGAAUUAGCUGUGGGGUCAUUUUAUUACUUGGAGCCCUCGUCGGGGUUAUAGUGUUCUGCUUUUUGAACAAAAGGUGCCGCAAGACAUCACCACCCUACAAGAACUAUGGCUCCGAGAACUCGGUGUAAUUUACUUAACUAAAAAGUGCUUUAAAAUAUAUACACUACAGUUCAAACAAUUAGGAUCACUUAUUCAUUCUUUAUUAAUAUAUUUUUUUAGAUUAUAGAAUAACAACAUAAACACAUAACUAGUUUCAAGAAAACUAAAACAAAUUAAAGCUAUGUUGUAUUUUAGUGUCUUUAGAGUAGCUGACAUUUGCCUUGAAUUUGCAGAAUUGGGAUUUUAUCAGCCAGUUUUUUCCAGGUCUCACCCUGAGAUGCUUUUCAAACAGUAUUGAAGUAGUAGAUCUGUGCUUGGCUCUUAUUGGUUGCCAACUGGUUCCCCAUUAUUUAGGCAAAUCAUCGAUUUCAAAAAACUUUUUUAAUCACAAGAUACAUUUCUGUCAAGUGAUCCUAAAUUUUGGAACGGUAGUGUAUUAAAAAAAAUGAAUGAAAUCGAUAGAAAACAAGUUAAAUUGUACCCUCUAGUGGACAGAUACAGAAUUGGCAAGAAUAAAACAUUGAGUUACACAUCAAAUUACAUGGUCCAUAUUUGGCAAAUUACGUAUUAAUGUAAUUUAAUAUGUAAUGUAAUUCUUAUAUGAAGUGAUACCACACAUACUGUUGAGCAUUGAUUUAUUUUUUAUUAUUUAAAAGUGGUUAAACGAAUAGCAAACAGUAUGUGUUGUUCAGCUUCAUUUUUCUUGUUUGUCCACCAGCUCCCUCUCUAGUGAAUGUAUGACGUGCACAUGGAUAUUUAUUGUAUAAACAGCAUGUUAAUGCUAAACUAUAAACGUGCUAAUGUAUAUGUAUCACAUGUUUAUUUAUUGCAUAAAAAAAUAAAGCAUUAAACAUAA